UCCACCUCCAAUUAGCAAAAAAAAAAAAAAAAAAAACCAAAAAAUUCCUUCCCUGAAACCCCUCACCUCACCUCACUAACCAUCAACAAUGGCAAACCAUGAUCUUGAAUCCCCUCUCCUCUGCUCACAACUUUCUGAUUCUCCACAUCUAAUCCUCUCCGUUCCUGACUCUGACUUCACCAUUCAACAAUCUAAUAACAGCCACCACAACCACAACCCUAGCCCUAACCCCAAUACUUCUUCUCGCAACCCUUUUGAAUUCCUCGGCUCAGAUGGACUAUCAGUACCCGCACCAUCGACCCUGGAUCCGUUUAAAAAUGAUACGCCUUAUAUUGAGGGAUUAUAUGAAUUGAUUAAGAUUGUGAUUUGUUUGCCAAUUGCAAUUGCAAGAUUGGUGCUUUUUGGGGUUUGUUUGGCUAUAGGAUAUGUUGCAACAAAAAUUGCAUUAGAAGGAUGGAAGGACAUGCAUAAUCCUAUGCCCAAAUGGAGGUCUAGGUUAAUGUGGGUCACUAGGGGUUGUGCUCGCUGUAUUUUGUUCUCUUUUGGUUAUCAUUGGAUUAAAAGAAAAGGAAAGCUUGCUCCAAGAGAAAUUGCACCAAUCGUUGUGUCUAAUCAUGUAUCAUAUAUUGAUCCAAUUUUUUAUUUUUUUGAAUUCUUCCCUACAAUUGUUGCGGCCGAGUCACACGAUUCUAUGCCCUUUGUUGGAACUAUUAUUAGAGCAAUGCAGGUGAUAUAUGUAAAUAGGUUUUUGCCAUCAUCAAGGAAGCAUGCUGUUAAUGAAGUAAAGAGAAAAGCUUCAUGUGAUAAAUUUCCUCGAGUGCUUUUGUUUCCUGAGGGAACGACUACUAACGGAAAGGUUCUUAUUUCAUUCCAACUUGGAGCAUUCAUCCCUGGUUAUGCAAUUCAACCCAUAAUUGUCCGCUAUCCCCAUGUUCACUUUGAUCAAUCUUGGGGGAAUAUUUCUUUGGGAAUGCUCAUGUUUAAAAUGUUUACACAGUUUCACAAUUUUAUGGAGGUAGAAUAUCUACCAGUUGUUUCACCCCUUGACAAUUGCGAAGAAAAUCCUGCUCAUUUUGCCAAGAGGACUAGCCAUGCUAUUGCUUCUGCUCUCAAUGUUGUUCAAACGUAUCACUCUUACGGCGACGUGAUGCUUCUCAUGAAAGCAUCCGAGUCGAAGCAGGAGAAGCCCUCAAGUUAUAUGGUUGAAAUGGCUAAGGUGGAAUCAUUGUUUCAUGUAAGCAGUUUGGAAGCUGUGGACUUUCUCGACAAGUUUCUGUCUAUGAAUCCAGAUGCCAGUGGUCGUGUUAAAUUCCGUGACUUUUUGAGGGCUUUGAGAGUGAGGACUUGUACACUUUCAGAAGAGUUAUUUGGGUUCCUUGACGUAGAGAAGAAAGGAUCAAUUACAUUCAAGCAGUUUUUGUAUGGAUCAGCACAUGUCUUGAAGCAACCACUAUUCCGGCAAGCCUGUGAACUAGCUUUUACUGAAUGUGACACCGGAGGACAUGGUCUAAUUUCAGAGCAAGAAUUGGGAGACACAAUAAGACUAGCAAUCCAAAACUUGGAUGAGGAUGAGAUCCAUGAGCUCUUCAAUGUAUUUGAUACCGAUGGUGAUGGGAUUGUUAGCAAGGAUAGUUUUAUUUCUUGUCUAAGACGGAAUCCUUUGCUGAUUGCACUUUUUGCACCUUGUUUGGUGCACAAGGACUCAUCACAAGGUGGUCACAGGAUCCUGGAGAUUGUAUGACAGCAUGUGUUUCAGCCUUUCAGGCUUCAUGUUGGGCUGUCUCAUAUUGUGUGUCAAUUCAUACCUCUUGAUGGCUUGGUUUUGUUCUGAAGAGGAUUUCAGGUUUAGAAGGGGUGAGAGAGGCAGGGACUGUUUUUAACCUUGCCGAUGAAUACAGUGUCCUCGAGAGUUUUGACUAGCCAGAAAGGUUCCUCUGUUGUAUUUUACUUGGUUGUUGAACUUUGUUCUCUGUCUACCAGCGGUAGAGAAAUGAAAGCAUUUGCAUUUUUUUCCUUGUUAAAA